GACGUUGGAGGGUCUGUGGCGGGAGACGCCGCCAGCGUUCCGAGAGGAGAUCUUUUCCUUGCCGGUCCUGGCAGCCGGGUGGCUCGGCCGGGGUGAAUGAGCCCGGCCGGGAUCGUGUGCGUGUAGGGCUUCGCACAUCCUGCGGGAGAGGGCUGUGAAGCAAUCCUGAGUCAGGGACUCUCAGGCCAGGGAAGAGGAACCACUCGGAACCCCCUUCACACUUUUCAAAGGGCCUGUGUUCUGGAAAAGUACUGAAGUCACCAUGGCUGCUGUUGGCUCCUUUGCUGUCCCCGACUGUCCCCCAGAUCACCUCCCCUCCUUGUUGCCUGUGUCCAGAGGGUGUGCACAGGUUCCAGUGGAUCCGAAACCUGGUCCCAGAGUUCGGGGUCUCCAGCUCCCACGUCAGGGUGCUUUCUUCCCCGGCAGAGUUUUUUGAGCUCAUGAAGGGCCAGAUCAAGGUGGCCAAGAGACGCGUGGUGAUGGCGUCGCUCUACCUGGGGACAGGUCCUCUGGAACAGGAGCUGGUGGAUUGCCUGGAAAGCACUCUGGAAAAGUCACUCCAAGCCAAGUUCCCUUCAGACCUCAAGGUGUCCAUCCUCUUGGACUUCACACGGGGCUCAAGAGGUAGGAAGAACUCCCGCACAAUGCUGCUCCCGCUGUUACAGAGAUUUCCAGAACAGGUUCGCGUCUCUCUCUUCCAUACCCCUAACCUCCGUGGGCUUCUCCGGCUCCUGAUCCCUGAGCGCUUUAAUGAGACGAUCGGCCUGCAGCACAUUAAAGUGUACCUCUUUGACAACAAUGUCAUCUUGAGCGGCGCGAACCUGAGCGACUCCUACUUCACCAACCGCCAGGACCGCUACGUGUUCUUGCAGGACUGCCCCGAGAUUGCAGACUUCUUCACGGAGCUGGUGGACGCAGUGGGGGACGUGUCCCUGCAGUUGCAGGGGGAUGACACGGUGCAGGUGGUGGAGGGGAUGGUGCACCCUUACAAAGGUGACCGGGCUGCAUACUGCAGGGCGGCCAACAAGAGGGUGAUGGAUGUGAUCAACUCGGCCAGGGCCCGCCAGCAAGUGUUGCACGCCCAGACCUUCCAUGGCAACUCCCUCUUGACUCAGGAGGACGCAGCAGCUGCCGGGGACCGGAGGCCAGCCCCUGAUACCUGGAUUUACCCAUUGAUCCAGAUGAAGCCUUUUGAGAUCCAGAUUGACGAGAUCGUCACGGAGACCCUGUUGACAGAGGCUGAGCGAGGAGCCAAGGUCUAUCUCACCACUGGCUACUUCAACCUGACCCAGGCCUACAUGGACCUGGUCUUGGGCACGCGGGCCGAGUACCAGAUCUUGCUGGCCUCCCCGGAGGUGAACGGCUUCUUCGGAGCCAAGGGGGUGGCGGGGGCCAUCCCGGCCGCGUACGUGCACAUCGAGCGACAGUUCUUCAGUGAGGUGUGCAGCCUGGGGCAGCAGGAGCGGGUCCAGCUGCAGGAGUACUGGCGGAGGGGCUGGACGUUCCAUGCCAAAGGCCUCUGGCUGUACCUGGCAGGGAGCAGCCUGCCCUGUCUCACGUUGAUUGGCUCUCCUAAUUUUGGGUACAGGUCGGUUCACCGGGACCUGGAGGCCCAGAUCGCCAUAGUGACGGAGAGCCGGGCCCUGCAGCAGCAGCUUCACCAGGAGCAGGAGCAGCUCUACUUGCGCUCAGGUGUGGUGUCGUCUGCCACCUUUGAGCAGCCGAGUCGGCAGGUGAAGCUGUGGGUGAAGAUGGUGACUCCGCUGAUUAAGAACUUCUUCUGAGGAUGACAGGAAUGGCCUUGAUGAAGAUGACGGGCAUGGCUGGCGUCAGUUCCUUCAGCCUGGCUUCAGCGAUGACUCCAGUCUGGGUGUCCCAGCGAGCGCCUGCAGGACAGCACGGCGAGGUCAGGGUGGCCCCGUGGGGCUGUGCCUGGGUGCUGUGUGGUGUGCCGGCAGCGAGCCGGGCUGGGGGGGCGGGUGCCAGGGGGUAGACUGGCGCAGGCUCGGCUGAAGGUGGGGCUCUGAGCAGAGGACCGGGCAGGAGUGCUGGGCAUGCCGGGACCCCCAGGACCCCGCCAGGCGCCCCAGAGGGAUAGCUCUGCCUCAAGCUCUCGGGGCCACCCGUUUACGUGGGUGGUGUUUUCAGAACUGCCGUCAGCCUUCUCAGCCUCAGUGGCGGGAAGUGGGGGCUGCAGCUGGAAGUCCCAGGAGGUCACAUGUGCAUUGUCCAGCCUGCGUGUGCAUGCGCAGGGCACGCAAUCAUACGUGCACACGCACACGGAACUUUGAUUUGCCUUUAACCAGACUGCUAUCAUUUUUACUCACCCUGUUAAUGGUGUUUGUGUUCCUGUCAUUCCAAAAUAAACAUGGAGAGCGGC